UGUUAUUUCUAAUUUUAUUGAUAUUUUUCAUAAAAUGGAACUCUCCCUUGCAGACUUAGUUGAGAAAUUACAAAGUGAAGAUGAAAGACACAAGAAAUUAGUUGCUAAAAAUGAGAAGUUCCUUACAAAAGAGAAAGAGCUCCAAGCUAAGCUUGAUGAGGCCCAACAGGAUGAUCCCAAAGAUGACCAGCAAUAUACCACUGAAAUAAAUAGAUUAGACCAAGACAUCGAAAUUCUUACAAAGGAUAUUGAAGACCAAAGCAAGAUUAGGGCAAGGCUACAAGACCAAGCUAUACGCCUUAAGAAGGAAAUCAAUGAGCUAGAGGUCCGAAAUCGCCAUAUAGAAGAAGACGAACUGACUUUAGAGCAUAUGAAUGAAGACUUCAAAGCUAAAGAAGAGGAAAACUCUAAAUAACAUAUAUAUUAUCUCUACAAUAUUGAACUAUAACAAACGUGCUGCUUUAAAUCAAAAUGAUGUGAAGAAAGACCUUUCAGAGACUGAGAACUCUCCAGAGUUGAUAGAACUAGAAACAAAGAACAAGAACCUCCAAAAACGGCAUGAGAUGUUGCAAAGACAGGUAGAUGAGAUGCGAGAGUUCAUGCUAUCUCAUUACGACACAGAGAUCAUUAAUAAAUUUUAUGAGCAGGAGUACAAAGCUGAUUAAUUCAAUUUCCAAC